GUUGGAAGGGAACCUGCAGGCACUUCAAAAUGGCAAAAAAUUCAAGACAACCCUUCAAGAAGUGGAGUGCUACCUCCCUAGCUGGGGCUCCCAAAAUGGUGUCUGCAAGCACCUCAUCCCAGGAGGUGGGAGAAGACUCUGACAUGGAAAGCUCUACCAGGAUCGGUGAGCAGUGUGGUCCACCACCAGUUGUACAAUAUGGAGACACCAUAAGCUUUAACAAACCUUUCUAUAGAUCUGGUGAAUCUGUGGAAUAUAAAUGCCCAGAAUAUUAUAUUCUUAAAGGAAACAGGGUUGUGAGAUGUUUAAAUGGCGUCUGGGAUGAAGCACCAGUUUGUCUAGAGCCAUGUACUGCAAAGGAAAAGGACAUGAGAGACAAUAAUAUAAGGAUAAGGUGGAUACUGGGAAGAAAGAUUUAUCUUAAACAUGGUGACAUGAUAGAAUUUAUUUGCCCUAAUGGAUAUCAGGCUCUUCCUGGCACUCAGAUGAAAGUUACUUGUGAUCAAGGAAAAUUGGAAUAUCCAAAAUGUUUCAAAGCAGGUUUUUGUAUGUUAGAUCAACCAACAAUGAUUACUCAUAAAAUUCAUUACAAUGUAAGCACUAUAGUGGACAAUGGACAAACAAUUACAUUUCAAUGUAAUGAAGAAACAAUACCAGAAAAUAACCUGGAAGCCAAAUGUGAAUUGGGAAGAAUAAUCUAUCCAAAAUGUAUUGUUCCAAGUCCAUGUAAAAUCUCCACAGAAGAUCUUAAUUUACACAAUAUUCAGCUCCUUCCAUCAAACAAUUCUGACAAUAAUCCUGAUAUCACUCAUAGACACGGCACACGAUUCAGUGUAACCUGCAAGUCAGGAUUUAGACGACCAAAUCAAGAAGCUUUGGCGAUUGAAUGUUAUGAUGGAGAAUUUAGGUAUCCAAGAUGCUUUGCUGGAAAGAUAUGCCGAAUAGAUCAAGAGGAGAUUGAUAAAAACAAUUUGGAAUUGGAUGAAGUCCAUGAUAAUGAAGUAUACUAUGAAGAAAAUGAGAGAGUGUACUUUAAAUGUAAGACUGGAUAUUAUCGUAAGACUAGACCUAUUGGAAAAUGUUCUGGAGAAAAACUGAUCUAUCCAAGCUGUACAGCCCAAUCUUCUGGAUGAUUACAGUAAAUAUAUUCAGGAAGUAACCGCAGCCGAAAGAUAACAAGAAGAUGAUAUCUACAGAGACAAUACAAUAAAUUGUUAUAAUACCUUUCAUGUGUCUCUAGGUAAA